UUCCGCAAAGCCGGCACUCGGGCUCCUCCCACCUCCCCCAGCAGCUCAAGUUCACCACCUCGGACUCCUGCGACCGCAUCAAAGAUGAGUUCCAGUUACUGCAAGCACAGUACCACAGCCUCAAGCUGGAGUGUGACAAGCUGGCCAGCGAAAAAUCAGAGAUGCAGCGGCAUUACGUCAUGUACUAUGAGAUGUCCUAUGGCUUGAACAUCGAGAUGCAUAAACAGGCUGAAAUCGUGAAGAGGCUGAAUGGGAUUUGCGCCCAGGUUCUGCCCUAUUUGUCACAGGAGCAUCAGCAACAGGUCCUGGGAGCCAUCGAGAGAGCCAAGCAGGUCACGGCUCCUGAGCUGAACUCCAUCAUCCGACAGCAGCUCCAGGCUCACCAGCUGUCCCAGCUGCAGGCGCUGGCCCUGCCCCUGACACCGCUGCCCGUGGGGCUCCAACCGCCAUCACUCCCUGCAGUCAGCGCGGGCACCGGCCUGCUGUCCCUCUCGGCUCUGGGCUCUCAGGCACACCUCUCUAAGGAGGACAAGAAUGGACAUGAUGGGGACACCCACCAGGAGGAUGACGGCGAGAAGUCGGAUUAGCUCCCGGGGAGGGGGGAGGGGGGAGGGGACACAGGGGAGACAGGCACAGAGAGGGAGCGGUGUUCCGAGGGCCACACAGCACAGAGCUCGGUCGCUACCCAAGCUUCCACCCCCAGUCCUGGUUCCAGCCUGCUUGCCCUGCACCCUGGGCCUAGGGGACCUCAGAGGGACACCCCAGGUUACAGAGGGCAGCAAGAAAUCCCCCACCUGCGACAUUUAUCUGGGUCACCGCCACCAGUCUUGGCCCAGAAUGUACACAAUGCAACUCUAGCUGCCCCUUUCCGCCCUGAGUCCUCCCCGUCCCCCAUCUCUGCUUCCCCACACUGUACACUUGCUAGGUCCAGACACCCCCCCCCCCAACUCACCCAGUCCAGUUCCCUCGCCCACGAAGGAGGGGAACAGAGGAAGUGACAUGAAGGCUUGGGACUGCAGCGGGGGCGGGCACCCACAAACUUCCCUUCUCCCCUUCCCCAAAUAAACAUGAGGGUUCUGAAUUUGGUUUGUUUAUUAUUCCUUUUUUUGCCCCAGUAUUCUAUAGCUUGUCUUCUAAGAAAGGGGAUUUAAAGAAAGAAAAAGAGGAAAGAGUUAAAAGACCGAAGCGCCACGCGUGUAUGUGUAUAUAGUUAGCUUUGGUGUGUCGUCCUGGUCUCCCCACGAAGGGAGAUUGCUGUACUGAGGGUGGGGUCUAGCUGUGCCUUUAAAAUAAAAACAUGAAAAGGUUG